GCUUGUGACCAGUGACACGACAAAUCAAACAAAUCCAACAUCUUUGUCAGAAAAACAUCACUGGCGGGCGGAUUAAGCAGCAGCGGGCUCUUCGUGGAGGAUUACUGCGCUUGUUGGUGUACGGCGGUGCUGUGAGAUGCGUCUUGCGUCGCCGUGUUACCGUUUCUUCUGCGCUUGUCGACGCUCACUGCGGGGCUAAUUAGCAGGCUAACUACACACUGAGCUGUUUUUAUUCAUUCAUCACCGUCAAACGCCACUGAGCAGUUUGCACCUAAACAGUUAACCGAAGAAGUCUCAUUCAUUCCCAGUGAAGAUGCAUGGUCGAGUGAAGAUCAAAUCCACAGCUCAGCAGGAAGAGGAGAAAAGGAAGGAGCGAGAGAAGAAGCUGAAGAUCUAUGUGGCAGCACGAGAUGCAUGUUUCUCCAAGAGGAAGGAAGGCGUUUGGGAUGAAGAGGCUCUCCAGCUCACCCAACAACUCCUGUCGUCCAACCCUGACUUUGCCACUCUGUGGAACUACAGAAGAGAAAUCCUGAUGCACCUGGAAACUGUGAAAGACGAGGAUGAAGUGCAAAGCAUUUAUGGGUCUGAGCUGGCUUUCCUGGAGUCUUGUCUGAAGGUUAACCCAAAGUCUUACGGCAGCUGGCACCACCGCGGCUGGGUCUCAGCUCGCUUGCCUCGGCCCGACUGGGCUAGAGAGCUAAGCCUGUGUGAUCGCUGCUUGAGCCUUGACGACCGCAACUUCCACUGCUGGGAUUAUCGUCGGAUGGUUGUGAAGAUGUCUGGUGUACCUGUGGAUCAAGAGCUGGAGUUCACUGAUCGCCUGAUCGGCUCCAACUUUUCAAACUAUUCCAGCUGGCACUACCGUAGUACCUUGCUGCCGCUGCUCCAUCCCGAGUCUCCUGAGCCCCCCUCACCAUGCCGUGAGCCUCGGCAGUCCUCGCCCCCACCCUCUCCUCAAACCCACUCCCAUCGUGUCUGUGAGGAGCAGCUACUCAAAGAGUAUGAGCUUGUACAAAAUGCUUUCUUCACUGAUCCCAAUGACCAGAGUGCUUGGUUUUAUUACCGCUGGCUUUUAGGCAGAGCGGAGCGUGAAGAGAUGAUAAGCUGUGUUUAUGUCAGUCGGGAUGAAGAACGAGUGGCUGUCGCCUUCUCCAGACCUGUCAAUGCGCAGUCAGUCGGCCUACUGCUGGUCCUUGAUGGUCAACCCCAGAGAGUGGAGUGGAGGAGUGUUCACCCACGCUUUAAACACAGCCCCGUCUGGAUCUGUGAUCUCCCUCCUGGAACGAUAAAUGACGUAACCAACGAGCACAACCUGACUGUGCACUGGACUGAGAAACACACUCACAGGGAUUGUGCUCUGUACACAGGUCGGAGUGAAAGCUGGUGCCGCGACUCUGCUACUGAUCAGGAACUGUUCAGGAGCGAGCUUUCAGUGGAGAAGACCUCGGUUUUACAGUCGGAGCUACAGUCUGUUAACCAGCUGCAGGAGUUGGAGCCGCUCAAUAAAUGGUGCUUACUGACCAUUAUCCUCCUGAUGAGGGCACUAGACCCGCUGGGAUAUGAAAAGGAAACACUUGCUCAUUUCCAGACACUCAAAGCUGUGGACUCCAUGCGCUCUGCGUACUAUAGCGACCUUUGCAGCAAGUUUAUGAUUGAGAACACCAUCUUGAAGAUGGAAUAUGCUGAAGUGCGCGUCUUCAGCAUCUCUGACAAGAACCUGACCACUUUGUGCCACCUGGACCAGCUGUUAUUGGUCACUCAUAUCAAUCUGUCCUCCAAUCAGCUCCAGCGGCUGCCCCCUCAGUUUGCCAUGUUGCAGUGCCUGGAGGUGUUGGAGGCUGCGAAUAACGCCAUAGAGAACCUGGAGGGAGUGUAUCACCUUCCCAAACUGGAGGAGGUCGUCCUGAAGAAUAACAAAAUCUCGACACUGUCUGAUCUUCAACCUCUGGCUUCGUGCCCGAAGCUGAAGCGCCUUGAUCUCCGUGGCAACCCAGUCACUCAGACGGCCAAUAUUGAGUCAGAGUUAGCCGAGCUGCUGCCCUCCGUCACGGACCUCCUGCUCUGAUAGAAUGCACGGCAGCAGCCAAGGCCAUCAUGAGUCCUGUCAUUCAGUUUUUCUCAGCUGUUUGGCAGUGAAAUGAGUGAGUGGGUGUUCCUCUUUUUUUUUUUUCUUUUUUUUAAAUCGCUGUUAUGACUUGUUUGUUCUACUUGUUUGGUAGAAUGUCAGUCACAGAAAACCCCGGGGGCCUGACAGCCCGGAGCACGUCAGAAACCCGCUCUGGCCUCGUUACAGUAUAACAUCUACGUUGUUGUGUGUGCAUGUGUGUCGACAUUUGCUCAGUGUGCGUACAAAUAUCUCAAAUGCAAACCACCAAAUUGCAUGCAAAAGCACUGAAUAGAAUAUGGCUCGAUGUGCAACAAUGUAGUGCCGGACUGUGUCUUCUACAAAACAGAGUAGGAAGAAAAAGCUGAUACCUGAUGUACAGAGCACCUCAUCGUUUACGCCUUUUUUUUUUUUUUUAAAGGUUGCUUCAUGCAUUCAGUAUGACAUGACACUGUGGCACAGUGAGUCAUGCAUCCAGUAAUGAACAGCACACAUUGUGUCACUGCCUUCUGCGAUGCGUUAAGCGUACGUGUUCAUUUCAUUCAGGAUUUGUUCCAUAUUUCUUAAAACGAAAGUCAAGAUACAACAUUUUUUCACACAGGUUUGAAAAACCUGUACACACACAAGCUGUGUGUGUUUACGGUAGCUGCUGACCUUUAGUUAUUUCAGUGAUUAUCCUGUUUAGUAUUUAAGUGUUCUGUGUUAACACAGCUGUAACGUUUCUGAUGGGAGACAAAUGCUACAGUCGACAAAUUGUAAUCUUGAACCCCAAUUGAUAGUUAAGCUUCAGCAGUUCAGCAUCAUGUGGACGUUAUCUGCCUUUUAUGUUGCUUUGUGAGCACCGGACGGCCUUGAAAAGACACAUCGAUGCAGCCUUUAAUCACAUGAGAAGUUUAAAAUGUGUUCCUAGCUCCAGUCACCUGGCUCAGCAUGCAAUUUGCACCACUGUCUUUAUAUAAGUCAAGUUGAUUUUGUUGCUCAGACAGCUAAACUCCAAGCAAACUGUUCUUUAGGUAUGUACACAAAGCAAACUGAAAUGACACUGAACUAUAACGAUCUAUGCAUACGCAAGAACAGAACGGUUCGCUCUCCCAGGGCUCAGGUGGAAAAACUGUAGGUUUUAUUUGUUUGUUUGUUUUAUUUUCUCACAGCCCUGGUCUGGGACUUCUUGCAGGCUGUUUUUGAAACAUCAUCUGAACUUUUUUUUAUGCAUUUUCCAGCUCCACCCAGGAGUGAUGUGGUUGAUUUUAUCUUGACAUAUAAAGUUUCCUGGCAAGACUUAAUUGUGGUUUGGUUCUAUAAGAGUUUAAUGAGAUUUUAAAAAGAAAAUGCACCUUUUACAAAAUUGGAAACAUCAGCACCAUAAAGACGGAUGAAAUGAUACUAGACUUCAGCAGAUGGAAAUACACUCGGCACUCUGACCACUGAAUUCACAGAAAUAAAGU